AUGGAUUUCACCUGUAGGGCUUUAAAUACUCCUAUAUCGCAAGUUUAUUUUCAUACUGAUUCCACUAUUGUAUUAGCCUGGAUAAGAUCUCAUGCAAGCCGAUGGAAGACCUUCGUCGCCAACAGAGUAGCAAAAAUCCAGACUUUAUCUUCUCCUGUCCAGUGGCAUCAUGUGAGUGGAAAUGCUAAUCCUGCUGAUCUUGCAACGCGUGGUGUGUCAUCAUCUGCACUGGUUACUUCAUUGUGGCUACGUGGUCCAGAUUUAUUGUAUAAUUUAUUUCCUUUUCAGCAAGCAUUAUCUGCACCACUACUGAAUGAUUCUGUGCCAGAGCAAAGAUGUGCUUUACAGUCAACAACUGCUGCCAGUCACUUGACAGACGCUCAUGAUUUAUUUUAUAAAUAUUCUUCUCUCACUAAACUUAAACGUGUUGUAGCAUUAUGUCUGAGAGCAUCUGUCACUAAUCAAUUGAUGAGCGAUUUGCCGUCUAGUCGCGUUUCGCCUGCUCCUGCGUUUUUGCGCUGUGGAGUGGAUUACGCAGGUCCUUUUCAAAUUAAAGCAAAUAAGGGUCGAGGCUCUAGGUCAUUCAAGGCAUAUAUAGCUCUAUUUGUUUGUUUUACGACAAGAGCUAUUCACCUAGAAUUGGUGACUGAUCUUUCAGCAGAUGUUUUUAUUGCAGCUCUUGAGAGGUUCAUUUCCCGCAGAGGCAAAAGCAGUGAUAUAUAUAGCGAUUGUGGUUCCAAUUUUGUUGGAGCAAAACGCAAACUGAUGGAAUUUGAAAGGCUUGCUAGAUCUGCAACUUAUAACCAAAAUGUUAGCAGAUAUUUGGUUGAUAAUGGCAUUAAAUGGCAUCUAAACGUUCCACGUGCGCCACAUAUGGGUGGACUCUGGGAAGCUAGCAUAAAAUCAACAAAAUACCGUUUAAAACGAGUAGUUGCAUUGACGCCUGGUCAUUUUCUUAUUGGUAGAUCAUUAACAAGCAUUCCUGAACCAAAUUGCAUUGAAGUUUCCCAUCUCACUAGAUGGCAACAUAUUCAAAAAAUGGUUCAACAAUUUUGGAAGCGUUGGCACAAAGAAUAUCUGUGUCGAUUACAACAAAGACCAAAAUGGCUUUUGCCAACUAAAAAUCUUCAAGUUAAUGAUCUGUGUCUCAUAAAGGAGGAUAACUUACCUCCAACUAAAUGGAAAAUGGGUAGAAUUACUCAGUUACAUCCUGGUUUUGAUAAUAUUGUUAGGAUUGUGACUAUUAUUAAGACUUCAGAUGGCAUGGUUAAAAGAAAUAUUACAAAAUUGUGUUCAUUACCAAUUUGA